CCUGACCCUCCUGAUGAAAAGCUGAACCCAGGUCAAAUCUACCUCCAUCACCUUGAGUGGCACUAAUCAAGGCGGGCAUUUCGUAUUCAGAGUACUCAUGGUUUGUUGAGUGUGUAUUGGCCUACAAGAGUUGGACAGUUAUAAUAGAAAUGGAUCUUUCAGUUCAGAAUAAAGUGAUCAAGCAUUUAGAAGAAAUAGAAGAAGCUGGUGAAAUGGUAUUAGCUAAGCAACAAGAAUGCAUAGUUUACGACAGGAAUCGGCAAAAAUCACGUGAAGCUGUGCGAAAGCUAAUGCAAUUGGAUUCAGAAAAUAAACAGUGGGCGUGCUUAUCUGACCAGUUCUUUCUGUUUCCAUCUGUUGGAUUAAGGAAAGCAAUUGAGGAGGAUAUUAAAGUUUAUGAUUCUGAAAUCCAGAAAUUAAAUCACCAAUUAAGGGAAGAUAUUAAUUGGUUACAUGAACUUGAAGGUAAAGAACCCCUCAAAGGAUUUGACUUGUUGCCACUAAAAAAUUAAAAAAAAAACAUGAUACUUAACAUGUGUACAAAUCAAAAUAAAAGUGUAUAUCUUUCUGCUUCAUUUUUCUUCAUUUUUUUGCUUUGAGUGGUAAACUAGCCUCUGUUAACCUAUUGUUCACUCAAUUUCAGAUGACUAAUCUAAUAACUUCUGGUCAUAGACGUUAUAACCCACUAUUAGAUGAAUGGAUUAUUGUUUCUCCACAUCGAAUUCAACGUCCUUGGGGAGGACAAAUGGAAUCUGAUAAUCAUAAACCCACAGAAGUAACUGACGUUUCUGUAAAAUGUACCAAAAAUCCAUUAUUACCCGGGUCCGUUCGUGCAAGUGGCUUAAUCACACCUAAUUAUCAAUCUGUUUACACAUUUCACAAUGACUUUCCUGCUUUGGUUAAUGUAAAUUGCGAAUGUGAAAGUGUUAGUUUAACGAGCUUCAGAUCUGUUGAAGAAAAUCCAUUAUUUGCAUGUGCGCCUGCACAAGGUGACUGUUUAGUUACCUGUUUUCAUCCAGAUUCUAAUAAAACCUUAGCGCUGAUGGAACAGCGUGAAAUACUAUCAGUUAUUACUGAAUGGUGCCGUAUUACUGAAAAAUAUUUUAAAAUGAAAAAAUUUCAAUGGCUGCAAAUUUUUGAGAAUCGAGGCGCAGCUGUUGGUUCGUCUAACACGCAUCCGCAUUGCCAGAUUUGGGCAUGUGGUUUUAUGCCAUCGCAAGUGUUAAGACUUGAUAAAAAUCAACAGAAUUAUGCUCUGCAACAUAAUGGUAUACCUUUGCUGUUGGAUUAUGCUAUGCAAGAGAAAGUGAAUAUGAAUAAUUGUACAUCGGAUUCGCGUAUAAUUAUCUGUUCAACUCAUUGGCUCGUUAUUGUUCCAUGGUGGGCAUGUUGGCCUUUUGAAACAAUGAUUUUACCUCAUAAACGUCAUAUUCUCUGGUUACACGAAUUAACUGAAGAUGAGAAAUAUGACCUCGCCUCCGUAAUGCAGAAUUUACUUGUUCGUUAUGAUAAUCUAUUUAGCACACAAUUCCCAUAUUCUAUGGGUUGGUAUCAGGCACCUAUGUGCUCCUCCAAAGAGGAGUCCUUGGGAGAUCUAAAAAGUAAAUAUAAACAUUGGCAGUUACAUGCUUUGUAUUUACCUCCCCUGUUAAGAUCAUCUACAGUAAAAAAAUUCAUGUCUGGUUUCGAGUUAUUAGCGGAAACCCAGCGAGAUUUACUACCAGAAACAGCUGCAAAUAUGCUUCGUGAAACUAGUACAGUCCACUAUACUAAACGGGUAUUAUAAACAUGUUUCCGAGUCAGUAUAUCACUGUCAUGAUUAAAGGGCUUUCAUUUUGUUUUGCAAUUUUUUAAUGUUUAUAGUGACUGUACUUUUAAUAUUUUGAACAGAAAUAUCUCGAGAUGUUCCUAAAGAGUAUUUGCUAUUUUGUUAAUAUUUUCUUGAUGCCUUAUUAACUUUAAAUAUAAUCUGUUUUGAACCACAAGCUAUUAUGUUUCUUUCGAAUUUCGUAUAUCAGUUUGACGAAAUAAUUAAUGGGCAUCUCAUGAUGCACAAGUUUUCUACUUCAGUCCAAUAAUUUCAAUCGUUUUUCGAAGGUUUAUUUGAAUCCGCUCCCCUCAUUAUCCAAUUAUGUCAAGAAAUUCCGAAUAAUACGAUUUCUUAUUUGUUAUGUUUUGUAAACAUAGUCAUGCAUAAUUUUCGAACUUUCGAUUGUAGCUCAAUUAUUUCUAAGAAAGCUUUUUUGUUUGACUAACGUUUUUAAUCUUUAGAACCAAUUCCAAUUAAUUUAGACUGAACAGACAAGGACUACUAAUCAUCGUAAUAUGAGUGUGACUCAGUUUGUUGUAUACGAAUGUAUGGGGAUGUUUUGUUAUAUUUUAUAGUUGGCCAGUCAGUAUUAUUAUCUGAAAUGUUAAAAUAGGCACAUAUUGAUAAAUAAACGUUUCUUAAAACCCUUCGGAUGACGUUUGAGAUAAGUUGUUACUGUUACUUUCCCAGUGAAAAUAAAUUCGAAUAAUUCCUUGAUAAUAUUGUUGUUAGAUGCACCUGAUGCAGCCUCUUUUAUGAUUAACUUAUAGUAACAGAUUCUAGUUUCUCAUACUCAAUAAUUGGUUAAUAAUACCCUCUUUCAAUUUUUCAUACUUAAUAUUCAUUUAUUAUCACUCCCAAGCU